CUCCGAACUCACUGGUGAGCGCGACGGCCCGGGCCCUGGAUGCGGGGGCAGCUGCGAUGGCCCCGCGCGCGGGACAGCCGGAGCAAAGGGGGCCGCUCCUGCCGGGGCUGCUGCUGGUGGCGGCGGCGCUGAGCCGGCCCGCCGCACCCUGCCCCUUCCAGUGCUACUGCUUCGGCGGCCCCAAGCUGCUGUUGCGCUGCGCGUCGGGCGCGGAGCUCCGGCAGCCGCCGCGGGACUUGCCGCCCGACGCGCGCAACCUCACCAUCGUGGGCGCCAACCUGACGGUGCUGCGCGCGGCCGCCUUCGCCGGCGGGGACUCUGACGGGGAGGAGGCGGCGGCGGGCAGCGUGCGCCUGCCGUUCCUGAGCGCGCUGCGCCUCACGCACAACAACAUCGAGGUAGUGGAGGACGGCGCCUUCGACGGGCUGCCCAGCCUGACGGCGCUCGAUCUGAGCCACAACCCGCUGCGCGCCCUGGGCGGCGGCGCCUUCCGUGGGCUGCCCGCGCUGCGCUCCCUGCAGCUCAACCACGCGCUGUCGCGAGGCGGCCCCACGCUGCUAGCCGCGCUGGACGCCGCGCUCGCCCCGCUGGACGAGCUGCGCCUCCUGGGCCUGGCGGGCAACGCGCUGGGCCGCCUGCCGGCCGCCGCGCUGCGCCUGCCGCGCCUGGAGCAGCUGGACGCGCGCCUCAACGCGCUGGCGGGUCUGGGCCCCGACGAGCUGCGCGCGCUCGAGCGCGAUGGCGGCCUCCCCGCGCCGCGCUUGCUGCUCGCGGACAACCCCCUGCGCUGCGGCUGUGCCGCGCGCCCCCUGCUGGCCUGGCUGCGCAACGCCACGGAGCGCGUACCCGACUCCCGGCGCCUGCGUUGCGCCGCCCCGCGGGCGCUGCAGGACCGGCCUUUCCUGGACCUGGAUGAGGCGCGGCUGCGCUGCGCCGACGGCGACGCAGACGGUCGCGGCGAAGAAGUGGACCUCGCCGGCCCGGAACUCGAAGCCUCCUACGUCUUCUUUGGGCUGGUGCUGGCGCUCAUCGGCCUCAUCUUCCUCAUGGUGCUCUACCUGAACCGCCGCGGCAUCCAGCGCUGGAUGCGCAACUUGCGCGAGGCCUGCCGGGACCAGAUGGAGGGCUACCACUACCGCUAUGAGCAGGACGCCGACCCGCGCCGCGCGCCCGCCCCGGCCGCCGCCGCUGGGUCCCGCGCCACCUCGCCGGGCUCGGGCCUCUGAGGGUUGCCCCUCCGGGGUUGACGGCUAUCCCUGCCAGCUGAUGACUUUACUGGGAUUGCCUGGCCUGAAUCAUGGGUGAGACGCCCGCGAGUUGGGGGCUUUGAGACUUGCUCCUGACCAGCCUGAGACCUUUGGAUUAUGGCAUUCCCCCACCCCACCCCCACCCGGAGGCCCCAAGCUGUAUCCCUUCUCCCCAACCUCUGAGAGCUCUCACCAUCAAGGAUCAAGAGACACCCCUGCUGAUUCCAGAAACCCUAUCUGCCCAUCUCAGGCUCGGACACAUCCUUCCCGAACCCUCAAAAGCACCCUCCCCCUUGAGAGACUUGGCUAGGAAACUUUGUCCUACCAUCCGAAAGCCCCGGGACUGCCUCCCACCACCCUAUGCUUUGAGGCCUGACCUCUCUGGGAAGCAUCACCUUAGACAUUACUGACCCGCAUCUCCAGCUUGGAGACCUCAAUUCCUUUCCCAGGCCUCAGGGACCCUCUCAUCCCAUUCUGGUCUUGGAAGCAGAGCACCCCUCUGAAGGCUUUUGUGGGCUUUGAGCCUUUUUUCUCACCCCGGAGCUCUGAGCCUUCCCAUCAUCCAGACACCCACAUCCCAGUGCUCUGAGGGUCGGGCACCCUCCCCCAGUCUGGGGUUGUAUUUCAUACUGUCCCCGCCACUGCAGCUCUGGCUCAGGCUCUUCCCUUCCUUGACCCAGGCUUGGGGCUCAGCUCCAUCUGUCUCCUAUCCCAGGGACAGUCACACCCUAUUAUAGCCUUAGUAUGGAACAGAUCCUCAGCCUUUCUCACUGGGGCUCUGAUCCCCCAAUACUCAGUGCUUGUCCCUAAUCUCAAGACUCUCAGCUCUUCACCCUGAUCAGAGUUUAACCCCCCUGUCCAAGUCUUAGACUCUCUAGCCCCCCUACAAUGCUUGCAUUCACUGGGGCAGGGUCCAGUGAGGAAUCCAUUCCCGGGUUGCCCACCUCCCCUUUCCUCCUGGGAGGAGCUCUCCAGACCUGCAAGACAGGUGCUGAGGCCAAGCAUCCCCCAACCAUACUGGCAGAUCCCCAUGGAGGAGGAGAGAGUCCUAGGGGUUUAAAGCAGUUGGUUGGGCCUCAGAACCGGGAUCACCCAUACAUCGUGGCCUCAGAGAGGGGUACGGGUGAAGGCUCUGAAGGGCUGGGUGCUGCUGCCUGCAAGCUCUUUCCCACCCCUGUGACUCUUCUCCCGUGGGGAUCCCUUGCUGCCAUGCCCCCCACCAUGCCUUUUAGAAGAGGUGAGGGGCCUCAUCUCUUGUCUCAGGCACAAGUCCUCCUGUUUAAGGUCAGAGCCUCAGUGCCCUGCCUUCUGCAUGAUCCCAAAGCACAAUUGGUGAGUGGGGAGGGGGCUGCCCCUCCCUGACUCCCAUCCCCUAGGUCAGGCAGAAUGGCUGGCCUGUGCUGCCUCUGCACACAGGAAGUCCCCCCUCCCCAAUAUACUGGCUUGAGGCCUGCCUUCCCAUCCCCUCCCAAGACAUCUGGAUCUCCCUUGGGCAGUUUUCUAUAAAGUCUGCAAUAAUC